AUGAGCAUGGCCCGUGCCGUGCCCACCAUUGCCAGCACCAAGUUGCUCGUGUCCAACCUCGCCUUUGACGUCCUGGAGGAGGACCUGCGCGAGCUCUUCGGUAAGCACGGGGCUCUCCGCGCCUGCAACAUGAACUACGAUCGCUCCGGUCGCUCCCAGGGCACGGCCGAGGUCAUCUUCCAGAGUGCCGCCUCGGCGCGCGCCGCCUAUGAGGCCUACAACCAGGUGCUCCUCGACGGCAAGCCCCUCCAGAUUGAGCUUGUCGCCGAUGACAAUGCCCUCGCCUCCGCUGCCGUCAUGUCCACCAUGAUGGCCCAGCCCGCCGCCGGUGGUCGCUUCAUUGACGGUGGUCGCCGCGAUCGCGACUCUGGUCGUCCUCGCCGUGAUGGUGACCGUGACCGCCGUGAUGGCCGCGAUAACGAUCGCUCCCGUGGCAACACCCGUGGUGGCCGCGGUGCCGGUCGUGGCGGUCGCGGUGGCCGUGGCGGUCGUGGCGGUCGUGGUGGCCGCGCCCAAGCGGCCAAGCCCGCCGAUCCCUCGGACCUGGAUGCCCAGCUUUCCCAGUACCGUGGUACCAUGGCCACUGACCUCAACGCCGAGCUCGACGCAUACCGCACCAAGAGCGACGCGGCCGAGGCCCCUGCUGAUGCCGAGUAA